AUGCUAUCCAUAUCUUUUUUUUUCUGCAUCUACAUGACCAGCAUACUCAAAGCCUCACGAACAAUGGCUAUUAUGCCUGCACGCGCAUCCAUAACUGGGAUGCGCAGGGGAUACGCCGCUUCGCCUUCUAAAGAAAGUCUUUCGGGAAAGAAAGACAGCAUCUCGCAAGGCAACGUUAACGACCCGUCGAACCUUCAUCAGAAGAGCACGCAUAGCGAGUCUGCACAGGGCGGGAAGGGGACGCGGAAAGAUCAUUCGGGCGGCUCGUUGGAUGCUGCGAGCUCAGGAAAACAGACGAAGCCGAAGGAUACUGGAUCGGGCAAUCCUGAGGGGAUUGGCAUGGUGGAUCAGGUCGGAAGUGCGGGUGGUAGUGCUGAGCACUUUGAGAAGAAGUAA